AUGGGCUUGAGGAUGGAGCUGUCCCUGCCUCUGCGGCGGCUCCCCGGCGCUUGGAGCUUCCUCGCCGCCCUCCAGGUCGUGCCAUUCCUCCUGCUGCUGCUGCUGCAGGCGCCCGGGUCCUGCCGGGGCAAGUACGUGAAAGGGAACAUCAGCACCAAGGAGGACUGGGUCUUCUUGACUCGAUUCUGCUUCCUUUCCGACUAUGGGCGCCUGGACUUCCGGUUCCGCUAUCCAGAGGCCAAAUGCUGUGAGAACAUCCUUCUUUAUUUUGAUGAUCCUUCCCAGUGGCCUGCUGUCUACAAAAAGGGAAAUAAGGAUUGUUUGAUGAAGGAGUCUGUGAUCCGUCCAGAGAACAAUCAGGUGAUCAACCUCACAACCCAGUAUGCCUGGUCUGGAUGCCAGUUGGUGACAGAAAAUUCCGUGCGGUAUUUGAGCUGUGCAAGCGGCAGGAGUUUCCGCUCGGUCCGUGAGCGUUGGUGGUACGUGGCCCUCAGCAAGUGCGGGGGCGAUGGGCUAGAACUGGAGUAUGAGAUGAUUCUGACCAACGGUAAAUCACUUUGGACGCGUCACUUCUCGGCUGAUGAGUUUGGCAUCCUGGAGACAGACAUAACUUUCCUGCUUAUCUUCAUCCUGAUCCUCAUCAUUUCCUGCUACUUUGGCUAUCUGUUGAAGGGACGGCAACUUCUCCACACCACAUAUAAGAUGUUCAUGACAGCGGCGGGUGUGGAGGUGCUCAGCCUGAUGUUCUUCUGUAUAUAUUGGGGCCAGUAUGCAAGUGAUGGCAUUGGGAACGGCAGCCUCAAGAUCUUGGCCAAGCUCCUCUUCUCUGUCAGUUUCUUGAUCUUCCUCCUGAUGCUCAUCUUGCUGGGGAAAGGAUUCACUGUCACCAGGGGUCGGAUCAGCCACACUGGCUCUAUCAAGCUUUCUGUGUACAUGACGCUGUACACUAUCACACACGUUGUACUCUUCAUCUAUGAGGCUGAGUUCUUUGAUCAGGCACAGGUACUGUACACUUACGAGUCACCAGCUGGAUAUGGCCUGAUCGCCUUGCAAUUUGUGGCUUACAUCUGGUUCUGCUACGCCAUCCUUAUCACUCUCAAGCAGUUCCCAGAGAAGCAGCCCUUCUAUGUGCCAUUUUUCGCUGCUUACACCCUCUGGUUCUUUGCUGUCCCGGUCACCGCGCUUAUUGCUAACUUUGGCAUCCCCAAGUGGGCCCGGGAGAAAAUAGUCAACGGCAUCCAGUUGGGCAUCCACCUGUAUGCCCAUGCAGUCUUUCUGAUCAUGACACGGCCCUCGGCAGCCAAUAAGAACUUCCCGUACCACGUGCGAACAUCACAGAUUGGGAUUGUGGAGGAGGCAGCUUCUGGUGCCAAGUUUCCGCAUCAUGUGUACGGCAACGUGACUUUCAUCAGUGAUUCGGUGCCCAACUUCACAGAACUCUUUUCCAUCCCUCAGAGCACAGGAAGCAACACUAGCAAUCCCAGCAAACAGGUGGAGGAGACGUCAUCUGCUGACCGUAACCUGACCCCCAGCUGUGUGGUCACCACCUCGGAGCUCAGCGGCACCCCUGUCCUGCUGAAACCUUCCCCGGGGAGCGAGAGCCAGCCACCCCCCUAUCAGCUCCACGCGCCUCAGCUUCACCAACAUAACGGCUACACUGAGUAUUUUAGCAUGCACACAACUGGUGCCCGGCCUGUGUAGGGGUUUCCUGACUUUCCGGGUCCUUUGUGGCUUCCUCUCAACACUGUCUGGGGCUCUCUGCUCCAACCCCCCCUCCCCCAGUUUCUCCUCUGUGCCCCGUUCUUCCUUGCCCCCACUGCCAUAUUCUAUUCCAUUUGAUGUCCUACAGUAUCAGAGGGCUAUUUCUGUCCCAGGUCUCCCUGGAAAGCUGCAGACCGCUCCUUUAGUGAGAAAAUUGAGGCAUCGGAUGUACGGGGGUGGGAUAGAAUUGGUUCUUCUCCUCCCGCCUUCUCCCUGCCUACUCAGAAUGACAGAGGGAAUGACUCUUCUUCUGAACUAGUUAAUUACUUAUAGGGUGUUUGUAGGCUACAUCUCUGUUCUUCCCCAUGGGACAGUCUUAAGCUCCCUGCCUCUGGGGCUGGCUCCACUUGGGGAAGCCAGGAACUGGAUGAACAUGGGCCAUGAUUCUCUUUCCAUUCCUAUUUCAGUCCGAGCGACAGGCCUAUCCUUGGCUGCCUUUUCCCUGUAGUGAGUGUGAACCCAAAGGAAGGUUGCCAUAACCUUUUCACGACCGCCAUUGUGGUUGAACGACUCUCGUGUCUGGAUACAGAUGGGAGGGACUGCAGACAUCCCAGCCCAGACUGGCCUCGUAGCAAUGUCUUUUUCUGUAUUGCCCCCUUCUUAGGCUACCUUUCUGCUGCUACCAUGUGGUGGUAGCAGGCAUUCCCACCGUCCCUUUUCCUUAACCCCCAGGAUGGUGAUGUUUGCUCUCUUCCCUCCCUUGAUGGUACCGUGGGUUCUGCUUCCUGAUGACGGUGAAUUUCUGAAAUCCACCAGAGUGGUUUUUUUUUGUUGCCAAAA